AGGUGAGCAAGGGCUGCGCCUGCUUCCGAGACGUGCGAGUGGACGGCGCGCCGGGCGCCUACGCGCUGCGAGUGGGGUCGGCCUCACGCAAGGUGGCGCUGCGGGAGGCAGUGCUGAUGGUGGAGAUGUUCUCCCAAAACGUCGUACGACACGUAGCCGUUGCGCCGUACAGCCUUCCCCAAGAGCCUCUCGAACCCGGCGUGCCGCUGGAGAUCCAAGUCGAGGUCACGACGGAGGACGGCAAACCGCUGCCGUACGACAUUGCAGCCGCCGGGCUAGCCCUGCGCUUGAAAACGCCAUCAGCAGAAGCCGCUGCUGCCGCCCGAGGUGAUGCGGGGGCUGCGGUGGGCGCUGCCGCCGGCGGCGGAGGCUCUGCCGGCAACAGCGCUGCUGCAUGUACGGUACUGUUGCAGCCUCAACCGCCGGACGAGGGCGCGUCGCCCAGUAGCCGGUCAUUGUGGACGUUUGUGACCCCUGGGUCGCUCGUGGUGGCGGGGGAAUACACCAUCACGGCAGAGUACGUUGAGCUUCGACCCGAGCUGACAAGGGAGUUGUCCAAAUCGGAGCACCACGUCCGCAGCGUCAGCCACGCCGUGCAGCUGCUGCCCGGGCCGCCCGUAAGAGCCACACUGGAGUCCGACGGUCGGUCCUCCGCCGCAGCCGCAGCCGGCUCCGAGGGCGCAGGGCCCCUGCUCGUCACCAACGGCAGCGACAGCCGCGGCCGUACCCUCAUGUCCUCAGCUGCCGUACAGCUGCGAGAUGCGUACGGCAACCCGGUGGGCCUGGACGGCGUCUGCGUGCGGUGGGUGCUGGGCUGGCCGGCUGCGGAGGUGGAGGUGGAGGGUUACGGCGAGGCGGCGGACGGUGGCGGUGCUCGGAUGGUAGCAGGGGAGGAGCCGGGGCCGGCGCCGGAGGCGGCGGUGGCUGCGGGCGCGGAGCUGCCUUCAUUGCAGGGCGCUCGCGAGGACGUUCCGUACGCGGUGGAGGCGCUGACGGAUUCCCGUGGUCGCGCGUUCUUCCGGGAGCUGGCCGUCGCGGAGGGCUCUGGCAGAGUGGGGCAGCAGCCGCGCGACGGCUGCGCAGAUGCCCCGCAGGCCCUGCACCUAGAGC